AUGUUCAUUCGUCGCGAGCGCUACGGACAAGGGAAACGCGCCCGGCAGUCGCUAAUGGUGGCAAGUGACAGCUGCCCCACCGCGCGCCGCUUAUUUUUAAAAGAGAGGGACAGUGCCAUAGAUUUGUUAAUAAACACAGGUGCCAUUUUGUGCGCGUUUUCGCGUAAACUUGUUCGUGACCCUGGAGUAAAAACCGAGUUCGAGCUAUCAGCGGCUAACGGUACCAACUAUCGCUACGAUUUCACGUGGAACUUUGUGAUCGCGGAUGUGUCGCAGGCGAUUAUCGGUGUGGAUUUCCUGUUCCUUUUCGACCUACUCGUCGACUUACGCAAUGGACACUUACUCGACCGCACUACGAGUCUGAACGUCGCUGGACAGAAGUCACAAUGUGCGACGGUCGCGGGGAUCAAAACAGUCGCUGGCGGUUCACGAUAUAACCAGCUGCUUCAGCAGUUCCUGGCAAUCACUCGUCCUGAUGGUGCGUGCAAAGUUACGGAUAACGUGAAGCACAAAACGGUGCACCAUAUCCACACGACACCAGGUCAGCCCGUCGCCGCCAAACCGCGAUGCCUUCCCUGGGAUCGACUCAACGCCGCUAAGGAGUUCGAGUCCAUGCUGCGACUGGGCGUCUGCCGCCCUUCUGAGGGUAGCUGGGCUUCUCCCCUCCACAUGGUGCCCAAGUAA